AUGUUUGGUAAAAGGUUCUUCGGCCUUACUGGGUCGAAGCUGAAUAUUGCCGUCAGUUUCAUCGCCGGUCUCGACUUCUUGCUGUUCGGCUAUGACCAAGGUGUUAUGGGCGGAUUGCUCACACUUCCAUCUUUCGUCCAUACUUUCCCUGAGAUCGAUGUCGAGAACUCUAGCAACCGUAGCCACGCAUCGACUAUUCAGGGUAUCUCUGUCGCUUCCUACAACAUUGGCUGCUUCUGCGGAGCUAUUGCUUGUAUCUGGAUUGGUGAUCUUCUCGGCCGUAGGAAAACCAUCUUCCUAGGAUCUGCCAUCAUGGUCGUUGGUGCUGCUCUACAAACAUCUGCAUACAGUCUUUCCCAUUUUAUUGUGGGUAGAAUCAUUACUGGUAUUGGAAAUGGCAUAAACACUUCGACAGUUCCUACAUGGCAAUCUGAGACAUGCAAAGCUCACCGGCGAGGCAUGAUGGUCAUGAUUGAAGGUGCCUUGAUCACUGGUGGUAUCUGUCUGUCUUAUUGGCUUGAUCUUGGAUUCUCUUUCCUAGAGCCUUCCAGUAUCUCUUGGAGGUUCCCUAUCGCGUUCCAGAUCAUCUUCGCUCUCAUUAUUCUAGCCUUCAUCCUCGAGCUCCCCGAGUCCCCACGUUGGCUGAUCCUCAAGGGCAAGGAAGACGAGGCUCUUGAAGUGCUUGGCGCUCUUAGUAGCCUUCCCAAAGAUGAUCCUUAUAUCAUCUCCGAAUUCACCGCUAUCAAGGAUACCGUGCUUGAGUCCUCCGCAGCCAAAUUUUCCGACCUAUUCACCAACGACGAGAACAGGCAUUUCCAUCGCGUUGUACUUGCUUACGCGAAUCAGGUAUUUCAACAAAUAAGCGGUAUUAAUUUAAUUACCUACUACGCAGCACAAAUUUACGAGAGGUACAUUGGUCUGGAUGGGUUUACAUCCCGUCUCUUAGCAGCUGCAAACGGAACGGAGUACUUCCUCGCCUCGUGGAUUGCAGUCUUCACAAUCGAAAGAUUCGGGAGACGUUCCCUUAUGCUUUUUGGUGCAGCAGGAAUGGCAAUUUCUAUGGCAGUUCUUGCAGGAACCACUUCGGUGCAAGGAACCGCACCCGGAAUCGUUGCAGCGGCUUUCCUUUUCAUCUUCAACACUUUCUUCGCCAUUGGUUGGCUGGGAAUGACUUGGCUUUACCCUGCUGAAAUUGUGCCACUGAAAAUUCGUGCUCCUGCCAAUGCCCUUUCGACUUCGGCCAACUGGGCUUUCAAUUUCAUGGUUGUCAUGAUAACUCCAGUCGCCUUCGAAACCAUCGGCUACCAAACGUACAUCAUCUUCGCCGUCAUCAACGCCUUCAUUGUCCCCGUUGUGUACUUCUUUUACCCGGAGACAGCAUACCGAAGCUUGGAAGAGAUGGACACAAUAUUCCACAAGACUACUUCCGUCUGGAACUGUGUCAGUGUCGCCCGCAACGAGCCGCGUCGCUAUGGCAAGAAUGGCGAAGUCCUCAUCGAUUAUCAAGAAACCGAAGAAGCUGCGAUUCGCCGUGAGAGUGUCACUGGCCAGGGUGGUGUCAAGCGGGAGGCUGUCGGUACGGAGCAAGUAAUGGAAAACGGCAAUUCGAACAAGAAUAAGAGUGAGGGAAGCUCAUACGUAGAGCAGCAAGCUAAAUAA